UGGCUGGAGCGAAGCAGAAAUGAGAAUCGACGAUUUUGCCAAGUAUUAUUUGAAAAUGACCUCGUCUAUAGAGUGACGGUGCAGCCUCCAGGUCUCUGGAGAUCCAGGGGGAGUGUGGAGAGUUGGGGGGCAGGACCAUGAUCUAGGCUCCACCUAAUGACAAAGGAACUCAUCAACUGGUUUCCAGUGAAUCCAGCCAUUCAAAUGAAGAGUCUUCAGUUCCGCAGCAUCGCCCCCAAGGCCCCAGUCAUUGUGCCUUGCCCAUCAUCUGCAGUCCUAUCCUGCCAACCUCCCACUGCCCUUCCUGAAGCUAAUAGUGGAUCCAGCCCUAAAUCCAUCGUUGUGCCGACUCAAAACUAUGCACUGAUGCAAAUUGCUGGUCAGGAUGGCACAUUCUCUCUGGUGGCACUGCCCCCUUCUGUCUCCUCUCAAACAACACAGCGACAACAAUCUCCACAAACCCAGUCCAUCCAAAAGAAUCUCAAGCUGCCCAUACCCAGAUACAAGCCUGUGCGGAAAGCAGGGACUACAGAUAAAGUUAGAUCACCACCAAUAUCUCUAAGGGUGAAAACUGCUGUGACACCACAGACAAAAACGCUGGUGAGCAGCAGGUCGGCGUUGAUCAAGAAAAAGAGAGAGGCGUGUGCGGUCACUCAAACUCAAAAGUCAAAAGAGGAGGUGUCGGAGCAGGUCAUUUUUAUAGACCCGGCCCAUUCUGAAAUCUCUGUCCCUGCCCUUUUGCCAGACAAUGCUGUCCUGUACCCGGGUUCCCGAUUCGAACAAGCCUCAGAUAAAGCUGAACAAUCUGCAACAACAGGCGUUACUCAAAAUCCAUCCCCACAUUCUACUCUCCCAACUGCUCUCAAAAUAUCCCCAGGAAAAUCCAAGGAGCAAAGUGGUCCUAAGAUCAGGAUCUGCCAAUCUAAGCCUGCAUCGGCUCAGCCUCCAAACAGCAUCACUGUUAUCUCUCCAGCCAUCUUCGGCAAAGCAGUGCACAUUAUCCCUUCCCCUCCCAAGGGUAAACUGCCCAUUCUACCCUACUCUAAAAUGAAGACCACACUCAUUCCAGCUGCCAAGCUCAACUUGUCCCAAGAUAAGGAUUGCUUAAGCCAGUCAGGUCCCAUGAGCCCCAAAGAUCUUACAUCCUCAAUCCAUGAGAAAUCUGAAGCUCUGGGUUGUAGCCAGAUGCCCAACUCAUCUCAUCAGCCUCAGAAUAAGAACGCUCUCAUCCCGGUGUUGGGGAACCUUCAGAAGCUGCCAGGAAAGAAGAGAGGAAGAAAGAGAAAGACAAUGGAAGACAUCUUAGCAUAUGAAGCCCGAAAGAAGAGGUCGUUGUCCUUUUUUCGUAGAAGGGUCCCUGAAAAAACAAUAGUCAUUUCUGGUUCCAAGCAAAAAGAAGUUGACAUUUCAAAGAAGUACCGUAGCAUUCAGCCCAAGCCAGUGUUGGUGAUGGAGGCACUUCCCCAUCUACUUAGCUUGCCUGCUAGUACUUCAGAUGGUCAAGAACCAGACCAUGUACCGAGUCAUCAGCUCCCCACUUCCACCGCAACUCAGGACCUAGAUUGUUCUCCCCAACAUCCCCCAGUCACUCUAAACCUGAGUGGUACGUCCCAUUCCAGAAUUCCUGGAGCUAGCCGCUCUGUCCAUCGUUGCCCCACCUGUAGCCGCUGCUUCCAGUUUAAGCAUCGCCUCCAGAGCCACAUGAACAUUCACACCAACAGUCGACCAUAUGUCUGCCCGGUAUGCCGCAAAGCCUACGCGCAUUCUGGCAGCCUGAGCACCCAUAUGAAGCUUCACCAUUCUGAGGCUCCAUCUCGUCGGUCUCUAUGCUGUGAGUUCUGCGAAAAGGCCUUUGGAUAUGUGGGUGUUUAUUUCAGGCAUCUGCGAGAGGUGCACAAGGUCUUGCUUACAGUGGAGCCAUCCAUUCGACAUCAUGAGGAGGAUGUGACUGUUGAGUGGGACAACUCUGAAGCAUCAGAUGUGCUGGAUCCUGAGGAAUCUGUCGAGCUGCAGAUUAAAUGCGGCCGCUGCCAAGUGGUCACUCUUAAUUUUGCCGACAUGAAGAUGCACCUUCUGUAUGUUCAUGGGGAGGAGGUCCUGAUCCAGCCUCGGGGGAAUCAACCAAUGCCGGGUCGUCUUAAGGCUGAGAAAGAGCUGGUAAAACACGCCGCACACUACUGGCGACAGCUCAACAAGAAGCGCAAGCUGGUCAAGUGUGGCAACUGCGAUGAGGAGUUCUUCUCUUUUGCUAAACUCAAGAGGCAUAUGAUGUUCCAUCACUGUGGAAGUGAAGGGCAGGACAGCAAGACUGUCACAACAUCAGCUGCUGUCGGAUACCUUGGGGUACUUGCAGCAGGUUCUGCCUUUAACUGUGUACUUUGCAGUAAGGUGUUGGAUACAAAAGAAGGGGUUCUGAAGCACUGGAGGGAUCACCACCACUGUAAGCAACCAAGUUUACUGUGGGCUGCCCUGAGCACCUACUCCGGUCUGGAAGACGAUGAGGCCGACAGGGAUGUUGACACUCCUGUUCCAAGCCCACAUUAGCCUGCCCAACCCUUAAAAUGGCCAUGGAGCUCAUUUACUGGAGCUUGUCAUCAUAUUCACUCAGUUGUAACUGUUAGCAAGGCAGGGAUUUCUUGUUUCUCUCAUGUUUCACAACUACUCCCAUUCUUCGGGGGGCGGGGUGGAAAAAUUAUAAGGACAUCCGGUUCAAAGAUUCCACAUUUAUAAACAAAGGUCUUGUUCAGUUUAUAUGUUGCACUGUUUAUUUUUAUUUUUAUUUAAUGCUUAUUUAAAUAUUGUUUAACAUUAAAACUCUUAUAGAUAUGUUCAUGUGAUAAUUCUAUUUCCAAUAAAUAAAUGUAGUGGUCGCCAUGAAUGUAAAUUUGGUCCGACUUGUUUGGGACUUCUGCAUUUAACACUGUUCCAUUCACACUCUUGAAAAUACUUGUAGUUCUCUAUGUAGUUAUACGACAGCACCUUAGUCCACAAAGGGUCCCAGAUUAUUCUGUGGGUUAAUUCAGGAAAACAGGACUUUUUUUUUAUUUUUUCUUUCUGUGCAUUUACGGUAUCGCAAACCAACCCUAAACUCUUUGCAUGGUGUGACACCCUCAAUAGGGGAAGUGUUCAUUUUUAUUUUUGUUGUCCUUUGUAUAAGACGAAGGGUGUAAGUAGUGUAGCUAAGAGAUUAUCUACACUGGAAGAUCAUUUAAUGUUAGUCUAGGAUUCAUACAGGUAAAUAAGACAGAAUUUAUAUAUUGUUACUGUAAUAGAAAAAAAUAACAGAAUUAAAGGCGGUAUGUGGGGUUAUACGUAGGAGUAUUUGGGCAACACUUGAGAGGGAAAAAACUGUGAUAUUACAAGGAUUGCGUUGAAAUUGUAAUGAGUGAGUUUUUGCAAUACAACAGCAGCAUACUAUAAAUGUAUUUGGUCAUACCAAGUAUUAAUGAAAAUAUUUCUGGUUUAACAUGAUAACCUGAAGUGUAGGUCUUCAUCAACAAACAUUUGCACAAUCACAUUAAACUGAUGACAGUCUCAAUGAGCCAAAAAUAUUUUUUGUAAAAUUUGUAAGUAGUGUAACUUGACAAGCUUCUCAAGAGUCCUCAUAAUGCAGGUAUGGGUUUAUGGUCAUGACUUUUUCCUUCAUAUUCCAACAAUUUUUUUUCUUUCCUCAAUAUUACAACUUUAUUACCAUAUGAAUUUGUUCUUAUAUUGACAUAGUUUUAGUGACAUUUGAACUUAAAAAUAAAAAUGAUCUUCAGUAUGCCUCAAAUACUCCUUCGUAGGGUCAGCUGUCAACUUGAACCCAACGACACACCUGACCAGCACUCAUGUGACUGCCUUGUGGCCUUGAAAAGAAUAGUUAAAAGUACUCCAUGUGUUACGUGGCUUCAGUUUGAUGGCCAAGACUUCUUUACUUGUUGAUUGCCUAUUUGUGUAUUCUGUGACAUGCCAAGGUUCUAUUCAUAUAAGUGAUUGUACAUCUGUGUUUUAUCUUUUAACCACUGACACAAUACUGUUUUAGCUAGUAAAUGUUGCCAGCUCACAUAUGCACCUGAGGAAAUCUAUUGACUCGGUCUCUUGUUUUCAUGUACUGUUGUCCAGAAAAUAUGCUAUUUUAUACUAGAUUAAAACAGAGGUCUUUUAGUAUGGUUGUUAAAUGAGGUGUCAUCGAGACACGGACUUGUUGGGAGUUCUGUCUGUUUUCAUAUGAAGAGAAAAAAAUGACAGGGUCAAACGAAUGUACCUAAAUGUUUUAAAAAUAUAUAUAUAUCCUAGUUAUAGUAUCCAUAUAUGUCAUCUUUAGAUACAAUAUAUAGAUAUAUUAUGAAAAUGAAAAAUAUAUAUUUACAAAUAAAUUUAGAUUAUUUGCUGCUCUGUUUGGUCACAACAGAACACAAAGUUGCCCUCAGUUUGACACAAAACAUGGAACUGUGAAGUGGCUAAACAGCAGUGCACAAGUCCUCAUGGAAUGCCCGUGUGUGUGUGUGUGUGUGUGUGUGUGUGUGUGUGUGUGUGUAUGUCUUCUCAAGCCUCAACACCAAUAAGGAACAAGUAGUAGAAAUGAGGGGCACACUUACUUGAAUUUCAAACAAAUUUGGGGGGGAGGGGGGGUGGCUUGAAUCCUGCAUCAAUGAGUAACAUCCACAAGAAAACCAAAAAUAAGGCUUAAUGUGUUUGUGUACCCUGAGAAUCUGUUUAUGAAAAUAAAGAAAUGCUUUGCU